AUGAGAAACAAAAACGGAAAAAAAGACUUCGGGAAAAAAAAAAAGGAAAAGGGCACCGAGUUGCGUGAGAGAGAGUGUGUGUGUAGGAUGGGGGCGGGGGUGGGGGGUUGGUGUUGUACGUAUGUACGUGUGUAUGUCUCUCUUGUUUUCCCUGUCGUAGAAAUCAUGUAUACCUAUGGUAUUGUAGUAGAUCAGGCCUGGAUGCUCUCACGAGCUUUGCGUCGUUGCGCAAGAAAAAAUUGGGUGGUGGGGUUCAUCUCUUGUUUUCUUGUUCUUGUUUCUUCUAUUCGUUUCUUCGGGUUCUUCUUUUCUCCCUAUUUGUCAUUCUGUUUUUUUGGGUUUUUAGGGUUUUUUUUUGGUUAUUCUUCUGCCCGAAGUAACUUCGGCAGCUGUAUGUAUGUACGCACGUACCUGUCUGUACCUUGUUACCAUCAAUCAAAAGAGAGACGGAUGAUGCAUAGACAAUGA